AUGUGCUUGUUCAAGAUAUCUGGAUGUAAGUAUUUGUAUCAAUGGGUAACCAAAGAUUGCCUUUAUAAAGGAAAACAUCCUGAACACAAUUUAAAAUUUUAUAAAGAACUGUUAAAACAAUCUUGUGAUGAUCAAGAAAUAGAAGAUAAAUAUAAAAAUGAAAUAGAAUCAAUUUCCGACGAAAUAUUUAAAAAAUAUAAAAAUUUGGAUGAUUUAUAUUCUAAUAUAAUUAAAUUACACACACCGCGUCGUGAUGUGUGUGCAGAUGCAAAAGUUUUUUCCGAUUUAUACAUUAAUCAAAUAAAUGGAUUUAUUUCAAGUGUUAACAAUGAAUUCUAUGAUGAGCUUGAACUAUAUAGAAAAGAAUAUGAAAGUAUUAUGAAAAAUAAUGAUUGCCAGAACGUGCAAAAAACAUUACCAUCCAUCUAUGGAAAUAAUACCGGAACAGCAAUUAUAAUCCCAUUUUCUAUUAUAUCAUUAUUAACCUUAUCCUUAUUUAUUAUGUAUAAAUUUACUCCAUUGAAGUCAAUUUUACGCCUUCAAGGAAGAGGAAGUUCAAAAUUCAGGAAUGAAUUCGACGAAGAAAUUAAUGCAAAAGUAUAUGAAUCGCCAAAUUCAAGAAAAGUUUCUAAGAAAGGACUAUACAACAUAGCAUAUCAUUCUAAUUAA